CACGUGACCCGUCACAUGACCAACGGCUGCAGGAUGCGGAAGUGGAAAGGAGCCCUGGGAACCGUCGCCGGUAAGCCCGGAGGUUUGAGGGAGGCGUUUGCUGCUCCUGCGCUGCUGAAGGCCCAGGGCGGAGGAGCACCUGGGACCACAGGGGAUGAAGUGAGUUGCUGUGAGCAUCACCUUUGCAGAGCGCUGGGCUUGAAGGAGGACACUAACCCUGCAGGGCGAUGGAGUGUGCUAAUGAUUAGCCAGGCAGCUGAUGAUGAAAUGGCGUCUGCAGGGCUGCCUGGAGAGAAAUCUCUGCUUACUGUGAAAGUUGUGUCUGCAAAGCCCAAGGUGCAGGGCCACCAGUCUCGGAUCACCUCCUUCGUGGAGGUGACGGCGGACGGGCUCCCCAGCGAGACCAAGAAGACUGGGAAGCAGGUUGGGAGCUCCGAACUGCUGUGGAACGAGAGCCUUGCGCUGAAUGUCACAUCCCAAAGCCACCUUGAUGUGAAGCUCUGGAGCUGGCACACCCUGAGGAACGAGUUGCUAGGCACCGCCUCCAUCAGCCUCCCCAGCGUGCUGAAGCAAAGCGAGGGGAAAGUCGAGAACAAGCAGCUGACCUUGAACCUGCAGAUGGAGAACAAAGGCUGCCUUGUCUCAGGCGGGGAGCUGACAGUUUUCCUGGACGGGCCCCGUGUUGAUGUGGGAAGUUUGCCGAAUGGCAGCAUCCUGACGGAGGGGUCCCAGGUGGCUGGGAGGGACCCCAGUGGCCUCGCCUCCUCGCCAGACAGCAGGCCCCAGGACCCCAGCGCCAACUGCUUUGGUGGCAGGUCCAGGGUGCACAGGCACGUAGCUGGAGUGGCCAGGCAGAGCACGGCCAACAGAGAGCAAGGCCCCAGCUCCAGAGCCCCGCAGCAGUCAGGCAAGAGCCAGAGCGGCCCAGUGGACGGCACAGUGAAUGGCGAGUCUGCCCGCUCUGCCCUCGAUGCUGAAGAGGGGCAGGCGGUGUCACCGGAGGCUGCAUCAGGCGCAACCUCCAGCUCUGGCCCCGCUCGUUCGGACUCCCCGGGGGCAGAGGAGUCUGCCUCCAGCUCAGGGGCCCAGCCUUCCCAACCAGCCACACAGGCUCUGGAGUCACUGCCCCAAGGGUGGGAGCAACGAGAGCUGCCUAACGGGCGGGUGUAUUACGUGGACCACAACGCAAAGACCACCACCUGGGAGCGUCCUCUUCCACCAGGCUGGGAGAAGCGAGUGGAUCCCCGUGGCAGGUGCUACUAUGUUGACCACAACACUCGCACCACCACUUGGCAGCGCCCUACAGCCGAGUAUGUACGCAACUAUGAGGAGUGGCAGAGCCAGCGCAACCACCUUCAAGGAGCCAUGCAGCAGUUCAGCCAAAGAUUUCUCUAUCAGUCGUCGGGCACCCCGUCGGACAGUGACCCCCUCGGCCCCCUUCCCCCUGGCUGGGAAAAGCGACAGGACAACGGGCGAGUGUACUAUGUGAACCACAACACCCGCACCACACAAUGGGAGGACCCCCGCACCCAGGGGAUGAUUCAGGAGCCAGCGCUGCCACCUGGCUGGGAGAUGAAAUACACGAGCGAGCGGGUCCGUUACUUUGUGGAUCACAACACCCGCAUCACCACCUUCAAAGACCCCCGUCCCGGGUUUGAGUCAGGGACUAAGCAAGGAGGGUCCCCCGGAGCAUAUGACCGAAGCUUUCGCUGGAAGUUCCACCAAUUCCGCUUCCUUUGCCACUCGAACGCGCUGCCCAGCCACGUCAAGAUCAGCGUCUCACGGCAAACACUCUUUGAAGAUUCCUUCCAGCAGAUCAUGAACAUGAAGCCUUACGAUCUGCGCCGCCGGCUGUACAUUAUCAUGCGCGGGGAGGAAGGCCUAGACUAUGGUGGAAUUGCCCGCGAAUGGUUCUUCCUUCUGUCCCACGAGGUGCUCAAUCCCAUGUACUGCUUGUUUGAAUACGCGGGCAAGAACAACUACUGCCUGCAGAUCAACCCGGCCUCCUCCAUCAAUCCGGACCACCUGACCUACUUCCGCUUCAUUGGCAGGUUCAUCGCCAUGGCCUUGUACCACGGCAAGUUCAUUGACACAGGCUUCACGCUGCCCUUCUACAAGCGCAUGUUGAACAAGCGGCCGACCCUCAAGGACCUGGAGUCCAUCGAUCCUGAAUUCUACAACUCCAUCGUCUGGAUCAAAGAGAACAGCCUCGAGGAGUGCGGCCUGGAGCUCUACUUCAUCCAGGACAUGGAGAUCCUGGGCAAAGUGACCAGCCACGAGCUGAAGGAGGGGGGGGAGAGCAUCCGGGUCACCGAGGAGAACAAGGACGAGUACAUCCUGCUGCUGACGGACUGGCGGUUUACCCGGGGUGUGGAGGAGCAGACCAAGGCCUUUCUGGAUGGCUUCAAUGAGGUGGCACCCCUGGAGUGGCUGCGAUACUUUGAUGAGAAGGAGCUGGAGCUGAUGCUGUGUGGCAUGCAAGAGACUGACAUGAGCGACUGGCAGAAGAACACCAUUUACCGGCACUACACCAAGAACAGCAAGCAGAUCCAGUGGUUCUGGCAGGUAGUCAAGGAGAUGGACAAUGAGAAGAGGAUCCGGCUUCUACAGUUUGUGACGGGGACUUGUCGGCUGCCAGUGGGAGGAUUUGCUGAGCUGAUUGGCAGCAAUGGCCCCCAGAAGUUCUGCAUUGAUAAGGUUGGCAAGGAGACGUGGCUUCCCCGAAGCCACACGUGCUUCAACCGCUUGGAUCUGCCCCCUUACAAGAGCUACGAACAGCUGAAGGAGAAGCUCCUCUAUGCCAUCGAGGAGACUGAGGGCUUUGGGCAAGAGUGACAGCCAAAACGCCCUCCCAGGAAGCCACCCUGAAUCCCCAGAGGUGGAGCCAUCCCCAGGGAGGAAGGUGGACUGAGGUUGCUUCGUGGAGCGAUGGCUGGAGGGCUGCAGAAGGGGCUCCCCUUCUCUCCCCUCCCCCCGCCCAAAUGUCAUCCAGCUGAGCAGUGGCUGCAGCUUGUAUCCACCUUGAAGGCAAAGCACAGCCUUGUCUCCCUGCUGCUCCUGGGCCCACACCCUUCUCCCCAAUUCCUUGCAUCAAAUUCUGAGCCUUGUGGCCAUUUUGCCCCAUCUCUGGGUCUCGUGGGCUCGUCACAGCUGCCUUUAAAGCUGUCCCGAAGCGCCCCUGUACCCCACCCCACCCGGGACAUCCUGGGCAUUAUCUUGACUGCAAAGUAGUCCAUACAGGGAGAAAUUCUGAGAAGUCCCCCCCUUGCCUUUCACCCACAGCCACAGCACUGUCACAGGUCUCUGCUCCAGGUUGCCUGGGGAGGGUGAGAGACUGGUUGAAUCCAGGGCAGAAUCCCUUCUGACUUUCCCAAGGCCCUCUCUUCUCGGAGGCCUUUUCCAGCUUCCUGUGCAGGGUAAGGGAGGUCUCUGCUCCUUGCAGCUACUCUGGUUUCCUGCGGAGCGCCCCUGCCCCACAGGCUCCUUCCCAAACCCGUGAAGUAGAAGGCACAAUGCAGGGUGGUCAGCACCUUACUGGCCCUGCUGUGUCGCUCAUCAAGCUCUGGGGUGUUAAAACCAGCCAAAACCACUCCACCUCCCUCCAGCUAUGGGCCUAGAACCCUUGGGAAGAGAGCGGGAGGCCUUUUCCCAGAGAAUAGGGGAGGCUGUGCCUGGCUUCAGCCAAGUGUGGAGAUCCCAAAAUCUCCCAGUUUGAGCUCUUUGGGUCUUGCUGGAACUAGGGGUCCUUUUUCUCGAAACGUCAGUGCCCAGUGAGUUGCAGGACUGCAGGGAGGUCUUUACCAUGAAUUUCUACAAAGUAAGUUAGCCAAAGUGCAGAACACUGGACUUUUUUGCACUAAAAGGCAGGAAGAAGCGGGGAGGGUACAGCAGAAGAACUCCCACUAUCUUGAUUUGUAUGUAUGUGUUUUUAAUCUUAUGAUUGCUUGGAGUAUUUGUGGCUGGCAGGGCUGAGAAAGGGGCCAGAUACUAGCAUGGAAGUGAUAUAUGUGCGUGUGUGUCCUCUGGCUACACAAUGGGAGAAUGGGGGUGCCUCAAGCCUCCACAAGGUGUGUUUGUGUGCUUGUGUAUGAGAACAGGGCUGUGUUUAUGCAGGGCUUGUGUGUGUGUGUAUAUAUAUAAAUCUGUAUAUAAAUGUCUGUGGAUACAAAGAAUUGCAAUAGCUUUUGAUGGGGAUCCUGGAUAGUUUUGUACUGCACCAUCCUGCCUCAGUGACGCCAACUCCUUGUGCAAUAAAACAAUCCGCAGCUG